AGUGAACUAAAAAACAAUCAACCUCUCCUCCUGCUCCCCGAACCGACCGCACCGUCCACGUCCACAGACACAACCAGGUUCGGCUCUGCUCGGCAGCUGACACAGAACCAGCCGGGAGCUGCUGCUGCUGCUUUGUGCGUUUCUCUCUCGUCCUCCCGCCGCUCUUCAUCCGGUUAAAGAAGAAGAAGAAGACAAGACGCCUGCAGGAGCAGCUGCGGCGAUUCUCUCUCCCGUCCGACGACACCGGAAACAAGCAUGUCCGCUGAGGAGCUCGGCUCGGAGGGGAAGUGGUUCGGCGACGACUACGACAGGAGCGGCCUGUUCGGCAACACGCCGACUCGGUUCGGCGAGGAAUUCAAGCCGCGAGGCGGCGAGGCGGCGGGCGACCUGGAUAAACACUUUCAUCCUUUCCAGGACGACGGGGGAAGGCCUCGCGUUGCUAUGGAAACUGCAUCUACAGAUGAUCCCAUGUCUGGCCUGUUUAGGAAGCCCAUGAAUGACGAUGGUGACGUUUACACGUCCCUACUGUCCAAUCAGAGCUUCACAGCUGACCGGGAGGCCUCUUACAUGUCGGACGACCUGAAGCCUUCCAACCACUCAUCUGGCUCCUCUGGCCUGGACCACUUCUCCAGUGACACCUACGACUUCAACUCCAAAAGCAAGAUGACUUCCAGCUUGUUGGAUGACAUGCCGAAACCUCUGCUGGGCUCAGACAAGACAGAAUCCUACAACUACAUGGAUAUCAGCCAUGGAGAAGAGCUGCGUGACCAUCACCAGGGGUCUCCACCCAACGUUUUUGACAAAGGUUCAGCUGAGCACAACUUAGAGGGCAGAUACAUAGAUAAUAACCCUGGAAGAGAUGAUGAGGACGAAGAGGAUGAGGAUGAGGAAGAAAAUCUCGGCCCAGCACUGGGCUCUCACUCUUUCCCCUAUGUGGAGGAUCCAUCUGACGAGGAGCUGACAGAUUACCGCUCCUACCGGAACCUGGGCGGGACCCCGCAGACAGCCAGUCCAGUGAAGAUCACUCUGACCGAGUCCCAGCUUCCAGGUUCCAAGGCUGAGGCGCAGCAACGUCCUCCUCCGGUCUCUGAGCGGGAGAACGUCCUGAGCGUGGGCCAGCAGGGGGUCCCCACGCUGACACUGUCAGAGCCGGAGGAUGACAGCCCCUCUUCCACUCCGAAUGAUUCACCGACACGUAAAGGAUUUCCCUCUGAAGAYAUGUUCAAGACCGAAGCAGAAAAACCUAAAACCCCCCAAAACAACCAAAGCACGAAGCCUGGCAGCCRGGACCACGACGGCAGCAGCGCAGAGUCCGGAGACUCUGAGAUCGAGCUUGUGUCUGAAGAGCCUCCCAAGACCAGUAGCAACCCAUUCGCAGAGCCCCCUAAAAGUAAGGUCACUUUCAGCCAGGCUAACAACCCCUUCGACAGCCCCCCAGUUGCCAAGGGUGGUUUUGGCCCCACGGGCGCGCAUGCCCCGCCCACGGCCUACAGCAUUCUGCGAGAGGAGAGGGAGGCUGAGCUCGACAGUGAUCUCAUCAUCGAGUCUGCAUCGGAGGAAAGCCCCAAGAGAGAGCAGGGCCUCAAUCAGGGGGUCACCCCUCCCUCCCCUCUGGUUCCCACCACCGUUUCUCCCCGCAGUACUACCGAGGGGGUCCCAGUCCAACCCGUGAUUGCCGAAAAGGUCAAGAGCCCGGCAAAAACAGAGGAGGAUCGUUCCAGCAAGCCUAAGCCCCCAACUGCUGCUGUGCCUCCGGAGGUGAGAUCAGAAAAACCCCACCAGGCUGACAUGCACAAACCCACCGACGACGGCAAAGGAGACGCAGGAAAACCUGCCGUGUCAGUUCUUUUGGGGGGCUUCAACAAAGAAAAAGCGAUUGACCUCCUGUAUUGGAGGAAUGUGAAGCAGUCAGGCGCCGUGUUCAGCAGUGUGCUCCUGCUCCUUUUCUCCCUGACCCAGUUCAGCGUGGUCAGUGUCGGGGCCUACUUAGCCCUGGCGGCCCUCUCUGCCACCAUCAGCUUCAGGAUCUACAAGUCUGUGCUGCAGGCCGUGCAGAAGACCGACGAGGGGCACCCGUUCAAGGCUUACCUGGAGAUUGAAAUUGCUCUGUCUCAGGACCAAAUUAGUAAAUACGCUGACAAAAUCCUGCUGUACACCAACACCUGCAUGAAGGAGCUCCGCCGGCUGUUUCUCGUACAAGAUUUGGUCGACUCUUUGAAGUUUGCAGUUCUGAUGUGGCUGCUGACCUACGUAGGUGCUCUCUUUAAUGGCCUGACACUGCUCAUCCUAGCUGUGGUCUCCAUGUUCACCUUGCCUGUGGUCUAUGAGAAGCAUCAGGCACAAAUUGAUCAGUAUGUGGGAUUAAUACGGACCCAGGUCAACUCUGUGGUGGGGAAGAUCCAGGCAAAGAUCCCCGGCGCCAAAAGGAAGGAGGAGUAAAUCUGUUCUCGUCACUGCAAAAGCGGACGGUCCGGUCCAGCUCAGUCGGGCUCACCGCGUGGGAGGGUGGGGCGUAGUGCUGUGUCAUCUCGGUGUUCUCUAAAAGCAUCCACUGGAGAAGCCUUCACCCUGUCUAUAACAGUUCAAAACACUAACUCACUGUCACACGUGAAUAAUCCUGCUUCUAGGUAGACGAGUACACUCAAAAAUCAAAGGUGAAAAAACAAAAAAAAAAUAACGAAACUGACUUUUUUUUUUUGUGUUGCUUAUUAUGAAGUGCAUGAAGUUGAGCCUUGGGUAAAUAAUAUUUCAUCAUCUUUUGUGCAGUUUUUAAAAAUCACGCUUYAUUUUAUCGCUUUUGCAGUGCUUGCCACAAAUUGUACGGUUUAGCACAAAAAGGCUGAAUGUCCAUAGAUGUGCUCUGCUGCCAGUGUUAAAUACUACUUUGUUUCAGUAAAAAAAGAAAAAGAAAAAGGUUUUCCUUUUGGUGUUUUCAAGCACAAAAUAACUUAAGAUAUGCGUCUUAAAUGUGGUAACUGUAGGGUUUUUGCUUUUGUAUAACUAUAAGGAACAAUACACAUGCUCACAUUUAGGUACUGUUGUACAACUACGAUGAAGACAAGAAGUAUCUGGUGAUAUUUAGCUUGUUUGAAUAACUGUCCAACUUUGUACUAUGUUAAACUAUACUCUGUAGUUUGUUAGACCCUGGACUCCAACUAUUUGCACUUACGGUAUGUAUUUAAUUACAAGAAUAAGAAAAAUAAAUGUUCCUUGGUGUAA